AACACGGCGUCGUAGAACAGGAACUGAAACCAAAACAAGGCAAAGCCAUUUACAGAAUCGAAAAGGGAAGAAUCUGUGCACAUUUUAAUAACACAAAGGCGAAACAAUAGGUAGAAGAAGUGAUGGGUUACGUAUUUAGAGUAAGAUUGGCUUCAUUCUUCGCCGGAGCAGCAACGGCGUCGUUUUUUGGAUUCUAUUUUCUUUACAAGGAUUACAAGGUUGCCCAUGAUUCCAUUUCUCAACAGGUUAAAGGGCUUCAUGAAUCACUGGAUAAACGUAUCUCUGCUUUGGAAACACUGAAGCAAUCCGAAGGUUCUCAACCUGCACCAGCAGCCGAGUAGGCACCUCGGUGAAUUUUAAUAGUUUUGACCAUAGACCUGUUUUUCGUAACUGUGCAAUCAACUUCUCUGUAGUCUUUUUAUCUUCACCAAAAAAAGAAAAUAAUUUCUCAAAACCAUUAUGUAUGUUAUACUCCAAUAUGACAAACUCUGCCUGAAGAUUUGAGCUUGCACUUCUGCUGGAUGAAUUAUACAUUGCAUCCAAUGAUUUACAAAUUUGUUUGUUA